UACGAAAUAUCUAUCGAAUGAAAUUUUUAACACAAUCAAAUGAUACGAUUUCGAUUGAUUGUAAUUUAAAUAAUGGUUUAAAAAAUGUUCAUAUUAAUAAAGAAAUUGAUUCACAAUGGAUUAUUAAACAUUUUGAAUUAGAUAUUCCCGAUGAUAUACUAGAGAAGUUAUCUAAAGAUACUAUAGCACCAGAAAAAUUACGUUUUAUUAAAAAAGCUGAAAUGUUUUUUGCUGCAAAAUAUAAAACUCCAAUACGUAAUGAAAAUGGAGAAAUAAUUAGUGGUGACUUUGAUGAAAGUCAUGAUGAAAAAGAUCGAUCCAACUAA